AGUACAGAUAAAAAGUCUUCUGUCAGGCGCGUGCACUUCGCACAGUCCCGUCACUUAAGGCAAAGGGGAUAUAUAUAAUAAAUGUGUAUGGAUUAUAAUUCAAGACUAAACCUCCGAAGUGAAAACUUUUUAGAUCGUUGCCCCGUUAAAAAGUGUGAUACUCUGAUUAAUUGCAUUUCUGUUUUAUUAUUUUGCUUUGCUAAAUAGUCCAUAUGGCUCAUUUCCCAAGCAUGGACGACAAGUGUGCUGUUUUACAUUUAUCGCGUCUGCAGCUGGACGACUUGAUCUUGGAUCAUCUCACGGACAGUAAAAGACAACAAAUCCAGCAGCUGCAUCUCACUUUUAAUCGUUUAUUGCUUCUUCCACCUUCUGUUUGUUUCCUGUCUAACCUGGAAUAUCUGGACAUCAGCAACAAUGCACUCACAGUCAUGCCAGAGGACAUUAUGCGCCUAACAAACCUGAAGACGUUUGUAGCAAAGAACAAUCUUCUGGACGAGUCCUCGUUCCCUAAAGAGUUUGAACGCAUGCAGGUGGAGACUCUGAAUCUGAGUGGGAACAGGUUUGGGGAGAUUCCCGUGCAGUUUCUCAAAAUGACCACACUACAGUCCCUGUCACUUGGAGGAAACAGACUGAAGACUAUCCCGGCAGAAAUAGAGAAACUGACCAGUCUGGAGUUGCUGUAUUUGGGAGGGAACCUCAUCUCCUUCAUCCCACCUGAGGUUGCUAACCUCACCAGUCUGAGAUAUCUGGUUCUAUGUGACAAUCGCAUCCAAAGCAUACCGCCCCAGCUCAACAAACUACACUCCCUGCUCUCUCUCAGUCUCCACAACAACCUGCUGACUUUCCUCCCUCGUGAGAUCCUCAGCCUCGUCCAUUUGCAGGAGCUCAGUCUGCGUGGAAACCCUCUUGUUGUGCGCUUCAUCAAGGAUAUGACCUACGACCCUCCAUCCUUGACGGAGUUGGCAGGACGCACCAUCAAGUCCCAGAACCUUCCGUUCAGCUCGUGUGACCUACCGUCCAAUCUGAACCAUUAUUUAAACUUGGCUAGCAAAUGUCCCAACCCAAAGUGUGCAGUGUUCCUCUCCCUGCAGCUCAAACCCACAGAGCGACGCGGAGUCAGAGGAGGAGAACAGCGUCCCUGCAGACAGGCUCCAGAGAGUGCUGCUGGGAUAGGACAGACUGACCAGUUACCUGUCACAGCAUUUCCAUUAAAUACUUAAUUUCAUGUUUUUGUAGACCAAUUAAAUGCUAAAAACACUUUGACCCAUAAGAGAUGGGUUUUAGAACUGUUUUAGUGACUGGACAAAAAAAAACAUACUGGCUAUUUAGCUUAACUGUGAUUAAUACAGGUAGAUUUAAACUGUAAAUCAAACUUAAAGUGAUAGUUGCCUCAAAAAUGUUGUCAUUUUCUCAUUGUCAUGUCACACUACUUCAGAUAUGUCACAAAUACUUUUCUUUGGAUGAUUUUAAAAGACAUUUGAUAUUGUAUAUUGUCACAUGGACUACUUUUAUAGUUAUUUUAUGGUGUUUUUGUCUGUUUUUGAUCAUUUAACUUUUGCGUUUCAUGGAGAACAAAAGCUAAUUGGUUUGAAAUCUCACAAGGGUGAGUAAAAAAGAAAAAGAAAAAAAAGAACCUACUAAUGAUUCCUACUAAUGUUUCUCAUUAGGCAUCUGAAACAUUUGCAUCUUGCCUAAAACAGUAUUUUGAGUAGGUCAGCUUGACAUGCAAUCAGAGAACAAAGGACCGCUUUGCACCUCUGGAAAAUGUGAUCAAUACGUGAACAGUUACUCUUUGAGCUCUUCUUUGUAUUGAUUGUUAAUCUCCCCUAAUUUUUCUGUCCAAGGGUCAGGUUAUAGACUAUGAUUGCUACUUCGCACAAUUUGAAAAUGAAUGGAAAGCUGUUAUUCAUGACAACCUUGUAAAUAGUUACACGCCAAAGGACACUUUUUGUAUUUUGUCUCCUUGUCAGAAGUUUGGUUUGAGAUCAGUAUUAAAUGGUUUACUGUCUCUAAAAGAGUUCAUAAUGACCUCAAUAGUAAUAAAACGUAGAUAUCAUUCUCCUUUGAUGAUAACUUA